AUGGGAGAGUCCGCCAACGAGAUUGAGGUGUUCAAAUCAGAGAUGAAGGCACUCUUCCACAUGAGUGAUCUGGGGAUGCUCUCCUACUACCUAGGCAUUGAGGUGAAGCAAGGGCGGUGCAGCAUCGAGUUGUGUCAGACCGCCUAUGCCAAGAAGCUGCAACCCGUGUUCGACACCAAUGGAGACGCACCUGAAGCUUUCCAAGCAGAGCACUUCAUGACGAUCGACGCGAUGAUGUACCGCAGCCUCAUCGGCAGCCUGUGGUACCUGGUGUAUGCAUGGCCUGACCUCGCGUUUGCCAUGGGGUACUUGAUUAGAUUCAUGGAGGAGCUGAAGCAUGAGCAUAUGACGGCGAUGAGGCGCCUACUCCAGUAUGUCCCUGGUACAAUCAACUACGAUUUGGCACACACGAGGAGUGAUGCAGAGCUCUGUCUUGUGGGCUACAGUCACAGUGACAUGGAGGGGGAUGUCGACGACAGGAAGAGCACAACGGGGAUCAUCUUCUUCCUCGGUGGCAACCCAGUGUCAUGGCAAUCACGAAAGCAGCGCAUGGUGGCCUUGUCAUCGUGCAAGGCAGAAUACAUCACUGGAACAGCUGCGGCAUGCCAAGGCGUAUGGCUCGGGCGGCUACUCGGUGAUGUGCUCGGUGCCAAGACUACCCCGCCAUAG